AUGGACGACUGUACGCGCCUACAAGAAGCGGACGUCAAGCUGAGACUGGCAAAUCAUCCUUGCAAUUGCGUAAACUCCAAUUGUCAAACUCCGGCAUCAGCGUGUAUUGCGAUACAUCCAUACAUUCCAUCGCCGAUGAGAAGAACGUUAUUCGACGUGCUGCAUGGAUUGGCCCAUUCCGGCAAGCAGGCCACCGUCAAUUACUUGAUUGCCCUCACCCUGAAUCCUUUAAACCCGUGUACGGUAACGGGCCUGAGGAUGCUUAGCUUGGCCGAUGGCGGUAUCAACAUCCUCCUGCUCUACAAGAUCAGGCGCUGCAUCCUGGAAGUCGGGGGAAACUCGUAUGCCGCCAUUGAGGCGAUAACGAUGACCGUUCUCCGGCCACUCUACUUCUUCACCCACCUGUACUACACAGACACUCUGUCGCUGACCAUGUUGCUCCUAUUCUGCAACUAUUGGCAGCAGAAGGCUCAUCUGCCGGCGGCGGUCUGUGUGCUAAUGCGCCAGACGAACAUCGUGUGGGUUUGCAUGGUCACCGGGAUGACAGUGCUGGACACGUUAGUCCACCAAUGCAUCCGCACUUUGGUCGUUCCCAAGGACAAAAUCCGAUUGAUGGUCGAAGAGUUGUGGAUGCAACUCUUUAGCAGUCCCCAAUUCCGGAGCAUCUGCUUUCUGAGCAUUUUGGCCAAAUGCUACGCUACGAUCAAUCCGCCCGUCGUAAAGUUCCUGUUCAUUAAUGGCUCUAUUGUGGUGGGCUUUGGAACAUACAACACCAUACGCCAGUUACGUUCGGCAGCGGACCUAAUUCUGGUUAUGCUGAUAAUACUGGUUCUGAUACACCUGAUCACCGAGAUGCAUCCAUAUCUGCUAGCCGACAACAGACACUAUACCUUCUACUUUUGGAGCCGACUUUACGGACGAUUUUGGUGGAUUCGGUACGCCAUGGCUCCAGUCUACCUGCUCUCCAUUUGCGUGCUCUUCUGCGGACUGCGUCCUAUGCCGGACAUUCCUGUCAAUCUUUUCCUGGUGCUGUGCUUCCAGCUACUCUUAGAGCUGCGCUACUUUCUGGUGCCCUACAUCGUCUUCCGGCUGAACACGCGGCACACUUGCAAGGGCUGCGCCGAGUGGCUGGGAACUAGGCUUCUUAAUGUGACCACAUUUUAUGUGUACUUCACCAAGGAGUUCUACAGCCAAAAUUACCGCGGUCCUCAAAGGAUAAUUUGGUAG